UGUUGCUUCAAGUCCCAGUGGACGGACCGAGUCUUCUCCUGACAAACGCCCGGACGCAAGCGGCACAAGCGCACACGGCACCUGAAGGACGCCGAGGAAAAAAGAGCAAAGUUCGUCCAUGUUUGGAGUCCAUGUGCAAGAGUUGAAUUUAAUUCGGAUGACAGCAAACAAAACUAUAGCGCUUGACUGCAAAUGGCCGUUGUGAAGAUCUUUUGAAGGAGAACGUUGCAGGACGUGUUCUCAACAUUCUUGCGUGUUUUUCCUCCCCUCCUUGGAUAUAACCGGCUAUCCAUUCAAUAAUAAUAAUAAUAAUAAUAAUAAUAAUAGUCAGCGAAGUCCAACGAAGCACGCAGAAGAUGGAUGUGGCUGCCGACCAGCCCCGCUGGAUGCACCCCCACGCCGUGCUGAACGGCCAGCACCCGGACUCGCACCAUCCCGGCCUGGCCCACAACUACAUGGAGCCUUCGACCCCGCUGCUGCCCCCGGACGAGGUGGAUGUCUUCUUUAACCAUCUGGACUCUCAGGGAAACCCGUACUACCACAACCCCGCCAGGGCCAGAAUGCCCUACAGCCAGGCGCACGCUCGCCUGACGGGGACGCAGGUGUGCCGGCCUCAUCUGAUCCACAGCCCGGGGAUCUCCUGGCUGGACGGCAGCAAAGCGGCUCUGUCGGCCCACCAUCAUCACCACAACGCCUGGGCCGUGAGUCCCUUCAGCAAGCCGAGCCUGCACCACCCGAGCUCGGCGUCCCCCGGAGGCCUGUCGGCGGUCUACCCGUGUAGCAGCACAUCGAACACGGCCUCCGCGACCUCGCUGACGCCGCCGUCCCACUCCAGCCCGCAUCUGUACACUUUCCCCCCGACUCCGCCGAAGGACGUCUCGCCGGACCCGGGGGCCGCCUCGCCGAGAAUGGACGAGAAGGAAUGUAUCAAAUACCAGGUUUCGUUUUCGGACGGGAUGAAGAUGGAGGGCUCCAGCCCGAUGAGAAGCAGCCUGGCCCCCCAGAGCGCCUCCACCCACCACCCCAUCCCGACGUAUCCCACCUACUCGCUGCCUGCGGCUCACGAGUACAGCGGCGGUCUGUUCCACCCGGGCAGCCUGCUCGGAGCUUCGGCCGGCUUCAGCGCCAAGAGCAAAGGCAAGACUCGCUCGUGCACCGAGGGCCGAGAGUGCGUGAACUGCGGCGCCACAUCCACUCCUCUGUGGAGACGGGACAGCACCGGACACUACCUGUGCAACGCCUGCGGGUUGUACCACAAGAUGAACGGCCAGAACCGACCACUCAUCAAGCCCAAACGCAGACUGUCGGCAGCCAGACGAGCAGGCACCUGUUGCGCUAACUGUCAGACGACCACCACAACGCUCUGGCGGCGCAACGCUAAUGGAGAUCCAGUGUGCAACGCCUGCGGCCUCUAUUACAAGCUGCAUAAUGUGAACCGACCCCUGACCAUGAAAAAAGAGGGAAUACAGACACGAAACAGGAAAAUGUCCAGCAAGUCCAAAAAGAUCAAGCGGGGCAGUGAGAGCUACGAGGAGUUUACCAAAAGUCUGCAUGACAAGAACUCUACCUUCAGCUCCCUGGCAGGACACAUGUCCAUGGGCCACUUGCCGCCUUUCAGCCACGCCGGACACAUGCUUCCCACUCCCACCCCGAUACACCCGACCUUUGGCCACCCGCACCACUCCAACAUGGUGACGGCCAUGGGCUGAGGGGGGGGGGGGGGGGGGGUCGCACGGGAUGACGCUAUGUAAAGACAUUUGAGGUUCUUGCGAUUGAUUAUGCAAACGGUAUGUUGGACAAAAUGAGCCCAAUCUAUAGGUACCUAACUCUUAAUGGAGGCAGACAGACGACGUACUUCCUGUCAGCCCAACACACACACACACACACACACACACACACACACAAUAAUACAACUCUCUCUUUGCUCCUAACCGUUUUACUUCAACUGACUGACAACAUGACUGCACUGUGGUUCAGUUUCUGCCGAUAUGUUUAUAGUAACUGUGAAUAUUGUAUAGAAGAAUCUCCUUCAUUACAUUCAACAAAAACAUGCUGGAAUUGUUUUUUGCCCUCAAAGAAAAAAAAAAAAAAAAAAAAAAACCAAGCAAACAAAAAAGCUUUCUGAUUUAUAAUUUGACACUGUUAAUUGUAAUUAUUGUUAUUAUAAUUAUUGUUAUUCAGAUAAUUUAUUUUCACUGCUUUGUUCCUUGAUUAUAUAAUGAAUACUAUUGUCCCAGUUAUGACAUAUUAUAUUUUUAGCUAAAGCGCUUUCUUCUAACUUGGUCAUCAUUUAUACUCAUAUGAAAUAAAGAGAUCAACUUCAAACUUUUCUGGUGCUUCUAUCUGGCACUUAAGUCUUCAUAGUUGCAACCAUGUGCUUCAGAUAAAACAUAUCUGAUUUGUUUUAUUUCAGGGAAGAAAUGCAUUUCUUCCAGAGAUAAGAAGAUUGUAUCAAGCCAAGCUGUACCAGUUGUUGUUUAAAAACAAGGGAAGCUAUGGGUCAUCUAUCGACCCGAUUACUGAAUUCGCUAAUCAUAAUUAGUCAUAAUCAUGCAUCGUCAAAGAUUCCACAAAAUGCUAGGUUGUUAACAAUCACAUUUUAUCCCACUUGACAUCCUCCAACUGUUAAUUAUUGUGUAUAUGCACCAAAAAUGUUCAACAAAAUAAUAAUUUUCUAAAUACAAAUAAACCGUUAACUGUCUCUUGAACAAAAAGUUGAAGUUCAAGCAUAAUUGGAUUUAAAAAGGCACAUGUUGAGAUUUCAACUAAAUUAUGUUUCAAGCACACAAUUUGUAAACAAUCCAAAUCAAAUGGUGAUCCGUAUUCUGAGCACACAAAAAAUACAACAGCUAACCAAACAAACACAAAAAUGGAUUCACAACCGAAUUAAUCCAAGGUAUCCUGGUGGGAUAGAAUAAAUAGAACAUUCAUAUUUGUUAGUUUUAUGAUUCCAUCUUUUAGCUAACGACAGCAUCAGCAAACAGUGAAACCUUUGUGCUAUUUUUAUGCCGUUUGAUUAUCUACAUUCUGGGAAGAAAAAAAUAGGUAUUCAUUUGGACCCAACAAUAAAUCCUAUUUAGGAUUAAGUGCGUCAUUCAUCUGCUAAUGCUGGUUUAUGUUUUUUUGUUUUUGUUUUUUUUUAAAUAAUACUUUAAACGUCAAUUCCCACUCUAACAUUGAACAAUUGAGUUUAAAUCUGGGGAAAAAGUUCUAUUUUACACCACGGUGCGGUCAAAAAAGAAAAAAAAAAAUACAAGCACACUCAACCAAGACAAAUAUACUAAACGGUUCUUCUGGGAUGCUUGUGAGAUGACACCGUCCAACCCAAAUGCAGUGCACGGUCACCCCUCAACAUUUUGCCCAAACCUUGAACCUGGAAGCACUUACUCUGUCUUUCUUCUGAGCCCUCCCACAUUGCUCUUGCAAUUAUUCAUAGACACUUUAAAAAUGUCACGUCCUCCCGAGAACAUGACAAAGCAAAACAAGGAGGCACUUCCCAUAAAGAUUUAGAAAGAAUGGAAAGAGUAACUUUGGGACUGGGUGGCCAUUGUAAAUCAGCUCAUAAGCAAAUUACACAUUUCCAACUUAGAACUUUGUACACACAUCCUCCCUGUUCAUUCCAUUUGUUUUUGUAGCUAACUCAAUUAUUGGACUCUAAGACAAAGCCAGAAGUGAUUUCACAGGAGUGAACUAGUGGAAGAAUUGUGAUGAAAUGAUAACAGAUGAAAGAGGAGGAUUCAUUUUUUUUGUCAGUAAAAAACAUAUUCCAUGUCAUAAAGAUUCUAAAAUACAUAUAUUGUUUUAAGGCAAUGUCACAGAAUUAGGCUGAGAGACCUUGGGGAUCCUGAGACUUCGGAAAGAUGAGUUUCAGGACAGAACAGACACACAUAAAUCCUCAAUCCCAAAAUAAUGUCGAGGACAGACCAAAGCUUCAAAAAGCUUCAGGACACAAAGCAGAGAAGCCUCAAUCCUGAAUUUCAAGGCAAUGUCCAGGUCAGGCCAAAGCUCAAGAAAGAAACCGAGCUGAAUCCGUCUCUAUCUUGAAUCUUAAAUUAGCUCCCUUGGCAAGCAGAUUUUGUUCUUUGUGCUUAUAAAAAGACAGUUGUAUGCUUCACUGUAUUUUGUCCUGAUCUUGGAACAGACGCUGUACCCAUUUAUACUUACUUUUCACCGUGUGUGAUGACUACGCAGUGUCUGAUGACAUCAAUCUGCAAAUAAAGCGAAG